AUGACGGAGAAAUAUGUGAAUUGUUUUCGUGUUUUCCUCGCUCCUUCAGAUUGGCGCUCUGUUACGUGGUUUGUGGAAACGUGGCAGUUUCACGAGAAUGCCCCGGAUUGCACGAAAGCGGAAGAAGUGGGUUCGGAAAGGCCGCUGAAGGUGCUUCUUGUGCGGUUUGGGCAGUGGCGGAACAACCGCACCGAGUAUUUGUGUCCUCGCAAAAGGNUGAAGGUGCUUCUUGUGCGGUUUGGGCAGUGGCGGAACAACCGCACCGAGUAUUUGUGUCCUCGCAAAAGGCCUCAUCGAACCCGCGGCAAACAGGCAUUUAGGAUGAACUGCUGUGGUAGAUUAGCCUGCAUGGCCGAUGUUGCGCGCGCCGAUGUUCGCGCGCAACCCGGCGCGGGACCCAACCAGCGCAUGCCUGCGCACGACAUGUCCAGUCUUCGGGUGUCAGGCACCGGGAACAGACCUGGGUUCACUGCGAGGUUGGAUUGCAAAGUGUCCUACAUCAGUGGUGUUUCUGAAGUCGUCAAGAAUGUCCUGUCGAAAUUAGUCAAGUGUUUCAAACUGACGAUGAUUGUGUGUGACAGUGACGGCAAAAAAGUCGCAUCAAUGGUUGUCAUGAUUAUUGCUAAUCUUGCUUUGUACACAUGGCAUUGGCCGUUUUUCCUGUUCGCACUUGUAACCCUGAGCUUGUGCUGGAUGGCGAAUCCGUGCGAUGCCAUGCCCAAGCACCACCCCAUGCGCCACCGGUUCACCAAGAUCCGGCGCCACGGGUGCCCCGUGCAGCGCCAGCCUGCCAGAGCCGACAAGGCGACACGCUGCACCCACUACGACCACGACUACUUGCUGGUGCACCGAGACAACGCACUGGUGGCCAGCAGUCGGGCCAGCAGCCGGGUCAAGGCCAAUGGCAACCUAGAGCUGCGCCAAUGCGCCCUCUCUGCCGACUGCAACACGUCAGGUAUGCAUCUGUAACCCG